AUGGGGUCUUUGGAAGCCGCAUCUAGGCACAGAGACCCUUUGCCGGCGAUGAGUUUCCUAGGGAAAGACGGAUCGGGAUACACCUCCAGACACCCUUCGAGCGCCACCGCUUCUCCGACUCUGAUGAGUCCCAACGUCAUGUACGGCCAAUCCCUGCCGUACGCCUACGCGAACGCACCGCCGGGGUACAUCUCGUCGCCCGAGGCCCGUCGCGCCCUCGAAGACGAGAAGGAAAAACGCACCUCAAGACAGUCCCUCCCAUCCAUCCACGAGGCCCUCGGCAACGACCCUCUCCCAUACCCAGCAGCAACCUCCGCCCCGCCACCACAAUCCUCGCACCCUACGCCGCCGCCACAUCUCAUCGGACGACCGAGCGCAGAGGGACCAGCGGGCCCGCCCAAUCCGUUUUCGAAUGGCCCGCCGACGGGUUCUCUCAUGCGGGAACCCGCGUACCAUCAGCAGCUGCAGGAUGCAUCGCGCUCCAGUCUCGCCUCCAUCAACACACAGGAUUCGCGCACCUCACUUAACUCCCUCAGCACGGGAAAAUCCCCGACCCAGAGCGCCAAAACGGGAAUCACCUCGGUGGGGUCGCAAAAUUCGUCCGGGUAUGAGUACAGUGCGCCAACCUCCGCCGGUAGCGUGGCGUCGCCGAAUGGGUACGGCCAUUUCCCUCCGAACUACUCUUUUCAACCGCAGUCCGGCCACUCGUAUCCUCCGGCGCCGGCUCCGUACGAUAACCGGGCCUACAUGGGUGCGCCACGGGUGGAAGAGGUCAAGGGUGGAUUUGUGAGUCGACUAGCUCCGCACAACGAGUCUAAGCGGCAUUUGGACGUCUAUGAUGUGGAGACAUCUUUGAAUGAGCUCGCCGACUUGAGUACGCGCACCCUCGACUUUUCACGGCACUACGCGUCUCGCGCACAUCAAACGCAGCGUUCCGGCCCGCUGUUAGGCUCCCUCCCUUCGCUCAACGAAGUGGAGGACAUGCUUCACAUGCAACGGCGGAACCAGGAUGCCCUGAUUCGGAUACGCACCGCCGUGGUGAACCAGGAGCAAGCACUGGCUGAACAGAUGGCGCAGCGCAAGGCGUUCAAGACCGAAGACGACCAUAUGGCGAUGUACCAGGAAGACUUCAAAGGCACGGGCGGUUUCGCAGGCGCAGACCCAAAGAAACGGCGCGGAAAAGCCGCGCCUCCUGGUCGUUGCCACAGCUGCAACCGAGCCGAAACGCCAGAAUGGCGUCGCGGCCCAGAUGGUGCCCGGACGUUGUGUAACGCAUGCGGCCUACAUUACGCCAAAUUGACUCGCAAGAUGGGCGCUCACAAAGCGGCGAGCCUGGGUUCGAAUCUCAAGCCCAAGUCGGUUCUCGACUCCUCCUCGCCAACCAGUCAUUAG